CCACAAAUUUUAUCUUUUCCCCCAAAAUGAGUGAAUCCAGCGUUUACGCGGCACGUUCCCCUUCUUACCUGAACAAGCUCCUUCUCCUCUUCUUAUCCACACCAUUUCACUGAAAUUCAUCUUCCUUAGAAUGCCAACCCAAUUGAGGAGGCCACCGUGCCUCUUCUUUCCACCUCUCCUCUUACCUCCAUCUCACCACCAAUCUCUCAAACCCAAUUUCAAUUUCACUCUUUCACGUACCACUUCCGCUACUCCCUCUUUCAUUCUCAAUUUCAGACCCAAACGAUUUCACUUUCUCAACCCAUGUUCUUCUCUCAAAGAAACGAAGAAGAAGAAGCAGAAAGCUCCUCCUGUUUCGGCCCCUCGUAACUUCAAGACACUUCUGAAUCUGAACUCGAAGAACAACUCCGACGAUUCAGAAGAUUCCGGCGAUGGAGCUUUCGAAGAAGAGACUGCUGUUAAGGGUACCAUUUUGGCGGGUUUGUUACUUGUGGGUGUUGUUGGUGGGUUUGGUGCUGUUGGGUAUAUCUAUAAGGAUCAGAUCAAUGCCUUCUUGACACAGUUUUCUGGGAUCAUUGAAGGUUAUGGUCCAGCUGGAUAUGCAUUGUUUGUUGCAGUUUAUGCUGGACUAGAAAUCCUGGCAAUACCAGCAAUCCCAUUGACAAUGUCAGCUGGUGUUCUUUUCGGUUCACUUACAGGCACUAUCAUCGUCUCCAUCAGUGGAACAGUUUCUGCUAGUGUGGCUUUCUUGAUUGCCAGAUACUUUGCUCGCGAACGGAUCCUUAAAUUGGUGGAAGGGAACAAGAAAUUUCUGGCGAUUGAUAAAGCUAUUGGAGAAAAUGGUUUUGGAGUUGUUACCCUUCUCCGAUUAAGCCCUUUACUUCCAUUUUCUCUGGGAAAUUAUUUGUAUGGUCUCACAUCUGUGAAGUUCGUUCCAUAUGUCUUGGGGAGUUGGCUGGGGAUGCUUCCAGGAACAUGGGCUUAUGUUAGUGCUGGUGCAUUUGGACGGGCAAUCAUUCAAGAAGAAUCUGAUGUGGGUUUGCCCGGAGGAUAUGGUCAAUUGUUGACACUCGGGCUAGGAUUAUUGGCAACCGCGAUCGCCGCAACUUAUGUCACAAAGCUAGCCAAGGAUGCUGUUAAGGACAUGGAGUAGAGAGUAAAAAUGUCAUUGUGGAUGUCUACAAAGUAAGGAUAUAAGAUUUUACUGUCUUGGUUAGAGGAAAAAGGAUAAAAAUUGUCUUACUUUCUCUACAUCUCUUAAUCCUUGUAAUUAUGUUACAUAAGCUGUGAAAUAUUUCAUUUAUAACAAGGAUGGUCUGGAAUGCAUAAAUGUGAUGUUUUUGAGGCUGAAAAAAAUUCAUAAUAAAUCUUGAAUUUGUGUU